UAUAAACAGGGCUUCCUGUGCUGUCCUCACGGAUUUAUUGAAAUUAUCGAAUCUCACUCUACCUCUAUACACAAUCAAUUAUCUUUCACGUUAGUCACGAACCUCAUGAUGAAGACUUACAGUAUCUGGAGCACACUAGCCGCUCUUGGCUCAUUCACUCUCUCAUCGGCCAAGACCCUCAACUUCGUUGCACACGAGGAUGACGACCUCCUCUUCCUGAGUCCGGACCUGAUCCGAGACAUUCUUUCCGGCGAGCCGCUUCGUACCGUGUUCCUGACUGCAGGAGACGCUGGAAUGGGAUCUGACUACUGGAGCAGCCGUGAGGCUGGCUCGCGGGCAGCCUAUGCGCGCAUGGCAGUGGCGAGUAACAACUGGGACGAAGACGUGAUCUACGUCGGAGACAAGACCAUCACCCUCUACACGCUGCAAGACGACGAUGACAUCUCCCUGGCAUUUAUGCACUUGCCCGACGGCAACAUGGACGGAACCGGCUUCGGCGGCACCGACCAGAACGACAGUUUGCAGAAGCUGUGGGACGGCGACAUUGACGUGAUCCGGACCAUUGAUGGCUCGGGAGUUGAAUACACGAAAGAUGAGCUGCUGGAAACCAUCGCCGCUCUGAUUGACGACUUUGACCCCGACGAGGUCAAGACGGGUGACUAUGUCAACGACUUUGGCGAUGGAGACCACAGUGACCACUACGCCACCGGAUACUUUGUCGACAAUGCAUUGCAGCAGUCCGACAGCGAUGCUGAUCUGACCGGAUACUACGGGUAUCCGAUCCAGGACAUGGAUGUCAACUUGGACGACUCGGACAUUGAAGACAAGACGAACAUCUUUUACGAAUAUGCUGGUUAUGAUACUGCCACCUGCGCCACUGAUGAUGCUUGCUCGAGUCGGCCUGAGUCUGCUUGGUUGCAGCGUGAGUACGAGGUCUAGGAAAGCUUCUCUUGAGCUGGUCUUGGGGACGAUUUGGCCAUUUACUAGGCUGUGAGACACUGGGUGUUUUAUUCUUUGCCAUCUUGUACUUUAGUAACGACGCUUUGAAAUGUUAUAUGAUACGUUGAUUGGUGUAUCUAGGAGAGAGCAUCAUACGUGCCAUGGGCAGAGAUUGUAGGCCAUGCGUUAUGUUCAUAACCAUUGUGUGCUGUAGAGACUUACUACUGAAUGA